AUGGGAAAUUUCGACAUCGAAAAACAAAGUGAUGUUCUUAAAAAAAUUGAAGAUAAUGUCAUAAAAGUUUUGAAAAAGAAAGAAGAGGAUAUAGAAGAACAGUAUAUAAAACUUGAUAAUCUUAGAGAUGAAGAACUGGAUAAAAUUUAUGAAAGAAGACGUGAAGCUUUAAAACGCGAUGCUCAGCUAAUUGCGAGAUUACGAUGUUUAGGUCACGGAACCUAUUCAUUAAUUCAUGAAAAAGAUUUCUUUUCAAUUGCUAAAGAGUCUCGUUUUGUUGUAUCUCACUUUUUUAGACCAACUACAUCACGGUGCAGUAUUUUAGAUAAACAUUACACCAUUUUAAGUCAACGGUAUUUGUCUACACGCUUUGUAAAGAUCAAUGUUGAAAAAGCGGUGUUUCUCACGCAACGUUUAAAUAUUCAAAUAAUUCCCACUACAAUAUUAGUACAAGAUGGGGAAACGGUAGCUAAGCUUAUUGGGUUUGAGGCAUUUGGUGGUACUGAUGAUUUUUCGACUCUGAAUGUAGAAAAGAUACUGAAAAAAUUUCAAGUGAUAAGGACAACGGUAACAUGUUGUAUACGUGGUCAAAAGAAUGAAAUGGAGGACAAGAAUAACACAAGCUAAUUUUUGGAGCUUUUUUAUUUCACGUUUCAUGUUAGGAAAAUGGUAACAUUCAGUGUUUCCAUAAACUACCGCCUUAAAAAUGAUUAAUAUCCACGUCUUUCUAAUUCUGAAUCUUCUUGUUUCAUCACCCUCCCUAGUUGCAAAAUAGCUAUUGGGCGUUCCCAAUCAAGACUGACUACGUUGAAAAUAACGGUGAUUCGCUAUAGAAAUUUAUUUUACAUUCUUUUUAACUUUUGUGACUUGGUAUAGAAUUCAUUAUUCUUCAUUAUGAAAUAAAAUACAUCCAUGUUUUGUCCCGUGUUCGGUUAAACUCGAAUAAUUAUAUUUACGAAACAAUAGAAAGUUUGGUUUUCAAUAAAAAACAAUUAUUUGGUCAAUAUUUUGUAUAAGCCCUAACUAAACAGAAAUUGAUAAAACAAUUUUUCUAUUUUGAUUAUUUUUGUAAAAUAAACGAUAAUUUAAAUUAAUUUAAUGUAGAAAAAAUGUUAAAUAGAAAAUGAAAAAUUUUUUCGGAGCACUAGAAAAUAUUCUUAAUAUCGACUUGGAUUAAAUUUACAACACGUAUUUUAGCUAUCAAGUUUAAAAGAUUUUCAAUAACGGUGCAACACCUAAAAAAUAUAUAUUUGUUUUUACGUCUUGUUAAGCAUAUUUGAUACAGUAUUGCUUUCAUCGCGCUAUGUUUUUUUUGAUGUGAAAGAAAUUUAGGAAACACUAAAAUGUGAAUACAAAAAAACGAGGUAUAAUUUUUGUUGCUUACGUCAAAACUACAGAGUCAACCAAUUGAGUACAACACGCCUCACACGUUGCGUCUUCCAAUUUUUUUGUUUUGAAAUUAUUUGCUUAUGCAGUAAUACCAAUUGUUUUUCAAGCUUAUACUCCCUUUAAAUAGAAACCUUCGACGCAACGUAUAGAUUCUUUUUAUCCAUGUCGUACUUACGACAUCCAACUCAAAUUCUACAAAAAAAUGACAUGUUGUCAACUUUGACGUCUCGCUCACACGACAGUGACAAAUUCUUUAGCUUGCUUGAGAUGAAACCAAUUUUUCCAAUAGAAAAAAUUACUUUUCCAAAUAGUUCGCCACCGUUUAAAUCGUCCAGUACUGGUAUUGGAUGUUGUAAGCCAGGCGUUACUACCAUUUUACAAGAAGACAGCUUUUAAGUUUGAUAGGAUACUUUAAAUGUUACGCAAACCAUUAUUUCGUAAAUGGAUUUUUUCCAAAUAUUUAAAAAUUUUUAUAAUAAGCUCAAGUUCUUUUUGUGGAACACGGAAAAAAAUAAUGUUUAUAAACUUUUAAUCACUUAAAAGAGUCUUUAAUCACC